AUGGAUUCACAAAAAGCUAGGCCACCGAACCCGACAAUCGAUCAGAAUGCAUUUAAAGGAAAGAAACCGAACAAAGUCAUUUCUGUCCCUGCCGGGUUCCGCCGCCCUACUUAUGCCAGAGAACGAGAGCGGAUCGUCAGUGAUGUCAAAGUCAGCACGGGAUGCGCUGUGAUUCCGCAUUGGAGUUAUAAACAGAAUCAAGACCAAAGCAUUAUCUAUCAAUUUGAUAUUUUCGGGACCGGCACAGCUCUGGAGAAAGCUGUUCGUCACAUCAACCAGUGGAUAUCGAAAGCGCAGAACAAGACAAAAGACUCGUCGGCAUGGGCAAAGACACCGGCGUUCGACCCGAACAAGUGGUACUACGAGCAAGUUGAUGAUAUGAAGCAGAGACACAAACAAAUUUUCAAGGAAGCCCCAUCUGAAGAUAUCAAUCUGGAAACUGUGGUUGUACACUGGCCUGCCGAACUCGACGACCGCGAUAUAUCACCUCGAGAUGCCUUUGGAAACAAGCUAGAGGUUUUGGAUGUACUCAGAAUUCGCAACGAAGUAUUCAUCACUCUCUUGGGGAACGGGAGCGGCGACUGGCAAAUGAAAAUCCAGUCACAUGAUGCUGCAAACCUUGAAGUGGCUGUAGAGGAGGUGAAGAAUAUGAUUGACAAAGUAAAGACUGAGGAAAUGGGGCUCUGCCCAACCAACAUCAUUCUGGAUGACCAAGAGGGCAUGGAGAUCGUUUUCAAACAAGCUGAUACAUGGUGGCCGCAAAUCGUGAACCGGACUUCACCCCGCUUUCUUCCAAGCGAUAUGAUGGAACCUCCUGGUAGUUUUCGCCGACAGACACAUCAUUUAUUGGAGCUACCAACGAUUCAGCGUUCGUUCCAGUUGGCUCUCGAAGCUGUGAGACAUAGAAGAGGCGCGUAUGACUUGGUCAUCCGCCUGGGAUGUCUAUCAGUUCGCGACGACGAUAUCAAGAAUAAGCAGGUUGAGGUCGAAUACAGUAAGGGGAAAUUCUUGAGAUCAAUCAACGGUUACCUUGCACUAGGUGUUGAGAGAUGGCUGGCUGACGAUACAUCCGGCCAGCAGAUGCUGACAUCCCUCUGCUCAUCUGACAAACUCCUCGAACCCAUCAAAUCCUCUAGCUACUCUGGCUAUAGACCUGAAACGCUCGAGAAAACUAGACCCAUGUUCCGAGGGAUGUGGAUAUUCCGGGAUCCAAACACUUCCUCCGUUGGCCUGCCACGUGAACGCAUCCGCCACUCUGGGAGACCAGCGACUUCCGGCCAAACGCCUGUGACUGUGCCACCAAAGCUCAUCAUGAUCCAAGUUGACUGGACUGAUGAUAAUGAAGGUUUUUAUGAGAAGGAUACGCCGCGAUUCUAUGAGCUGAAGACAGGCACUGUAGGUCCCAAGCAGCACAUGGAUAUCAACUUACUGGAACUAGGAGAGGGCCGUGGGUGGCAUUUUUCACUGGAGUCCAUAAAACCUGUGUCAGCAAAGAGUAUGUCACCCCUCCUUACCCGAUUUGUUGAGGGUCUGAGGAUGAAACGUGGUUACAAUCCCCAGUCCACCGACAUCUUUGCUGAAUGGGAGAAAUCACCGGCUGUCAAGGAUUACCUAGUGACUGAACGUUUGAUUGUCAUGUACUCUUUCGGAAUCAAGGAGACAUCCUACAAGGUCGAAAUCGCACGCAUAUGGCAUACGGAUCGGCAGCCAGUGUGGAGUCUUGCUGUUCGUCAUACCGAGUGGGCAAAUCGUCUUUCAGAGCUGGAGCAUCUUCCUACCGGUCGCAAGGCUAACUGGGGCAAUACCAUUACCAGUUUUCUACCAAAAGAUGGACGGACUUCAUACAACAAUGGCGACGAAGACAAGAACUUGGGCUUGAGUAACCUCGAUCUUGGUUCUGACACUGAAGCGCCUCCUCAGGAUGGCAUCCGCAUUCUGGUAGACAAGCUGCUCCAGAUCUCGGCCGUUGUCAGUUCGGUCAAGAAAGAUGAGGGAGGUGUUGCUAUAUGA